CUUUUCGAAUUUACUCUCAUUUCUUGUAGCUAUUUCCUUUUCGUUCUUCGUUUGAUUGUUUGAUUCUUCGUGACUUAUUUUCUCCAGAUUUUUCAGGUAUGUUUUCUUUCGUCGUUUGGAUGUUAAUAUGGCUUUCUUCUUUGUAUACUCUCCAUGCUUUAUAUUCUGGAAAUUUCUUCUGUACUUGUUGUUCUUUGAUGUGUUCUUCAACGUGUUCUUCAAUAUAUUUUUUGUUUGAUCCUUAUUUUGUGUUUAUGUUUGUGAUUCCCUGUUCUAGGAUGCCUCUUAGUCGAGUGGAAGAUGCUUGCGCUGCUAUGGCUUUUACCCGAUCGAAGCUUCGUAGGGAUGAAGUCUUAGAUAUCUAUUUUAAGUAUAGUUUUCCUUUUGAUUAUAGGGUAAUAUUACCCGGUGCCGAUAUGGCUGCGUCUGACUCUCCCGGAUCUUCUUGUAGGGCGGUUCUUUUUGAAGAGCAAUUUGCUGCUGGUCUUAGGUUUCCUUUGGAUCCCUUUUUAGUAGAAGUGUGUAGGGAUUUAAAGGUUGCUCUAGGGCAACUUUACCCUGGUACGAUUAGAGUAGUGCUCGCCUUUUCGGAGGCAUGUAGGCUCCGGGGCUGUGCCCCUUCUCUCAAAGUGUUAUAUCAUUUUGUAGACUUUAGGAAGUGUGAUGGCUGCUUCGUUUUCGCCCUUGGUAGAGAAGGGCGAUCUCGUAUUUAUCUUCCUUGCCUAACCAGUCGCUGGCGAAGGCGCUUCUUUAUUGUCUAUCAUAAAUUUGCUUUUCUUCAUUUUUCGGAUGGUUUUUCUUCUCAUCCAGUUCGGAGCUAUUCUUCUCCUUUAAGUUUAUCCGAGUCAAAGCUUGCUUUUGACAUAUCUUCCUGUAGUAUUGUGUCGCGUCCCAUUUUAGAUGUCUUGGUUAAUAGUCAUCUUCGGAGUCGAUGGUUUCCUUUGGAGGAUCCUCCUCGAGGCUUGGCGGAUCUUUGCUACUCUUUUGUUCAAGAUUUGGACGUUCCGAUGGGUGGUCCUGACGUUCCUAUCGCCGACGUUAUUCCUGGCGACAUUGUCGUGGAUGGGGCUCCUGUUGAUAUCCCCCUAGCUCCCGCCGAGGUAGCGUUGCCUGAGGUUAUUGUUAUAAAUGAUGAUGAUGGUGAUGACUCGGCUGUUCCAGUCGGCGACGAGGCGAUUCCGUCACUACUCCCCCCUCUAGCAUCAUCUAUCGUUUCGGGGGGAGUUGGGGGUGUGGCCUCAGAGGGGCCUGUUGUUGCUGAUUCGGGGGAGAUUUCUCUAGGUCGAGACCCGGAUUCUCCGUCUAGAAAAAGACGUCGAGUUGUCGAUGAUUCUCCUACGAGGGAGAGUUUUCCUGGAAGCUCUUCUUCUGCUCCAGACUUGGUUCAAUGGGUCGAAGGUCAGGAUCCUGCCAGUUUGCUGAAUCCGAGAGUGCUAGCGGAAUAUAUCCGGACUUUGGCGAUUCCUGAUGAUGUCACGUGGUUCUGUGGUAGGCCGGGUCAGGAGCUUUCCGAUCUGGCUUGUUUUCAUGGUUUCUCUGCCCUUCAAUCUGUUCUGGUAUUGAACGACCGCCGACAGUGUGCCGAGGAGGAGGUCGAGCGUCUGUCUGCUCUUUUGGCGACUUCCGAGUCUGAAAGGGCGAAAUUGAAGGCUUCUUUAGAAGAGCAUGAUUCCCUUCUGGCCAUCGCCCGUGAUCUCCUCGUCAAGAUUUCUAAAGAUCGUGUUUAG